AAAAUUUUGUAUUAUUAUGCGAAUCGUCAGCAUAAAAGGUGAUAUUGUUUUCAUUUAAUUUGGAUUUUUCCAGUUUUCUAUGUUAUUUUGCAUUAAAUUCAUGUGGUCGCCUUGAUAAAAAAUAGUGGUUCUCAUCCGAUAAAUACUGUGACGUAAAACAGAACCCAAGUGCACAAAGCCCGGAGGCACCAAUUACAAGCCAUCAUCAAAAAUCUAGUUGAAGAUCAAUUCGGCGUUCGUUGCAGAAGAGUUCAUUCAUAAGAGUUUCUAAUCGCAGUGGAUAAACACCAACAAUUGAAAUCACCAGAAAUGGAAAUGGCAUAUGACAAAUGUUCCGCCCAUAACCAAAGCCAAGACUUCGUUGCGUUCAGUGGAAAAAGAAAGAGUCAACGUCUCGAGAAUCAACGAAUCAAACGCCAGAAAAUUGAGAACGCCGAUGACGUGCCCACUGGAACAAAAAUCACCGAUAUCAAUCCCGAUUGCCUGGAGCAUAUUUUGAUGUAUUUAAAUUUGGGCGAUCUCUUGAACGUGGCCGAUUCCAACAAGUAUUUGAAAAGUGUUGCCGAAGAGAUAUACGUACGAAAAUAUGGAAGAAAAAAUGCACCAGAAUACUGUGGUAAAACGAUUCUCGAAAUCAGUGCAAUCAGUCUCUGUCGAAUGCGAAAUUAUGAAUUCGAUGGUUACAGCUUAAAAUUGGGCGAUUUGAAAACGUGCCUUCAAUUUGUUCGCUGUUUCGGGCACUUACUACACGACAUUAUACUUGACAAUGUUACAAGUUCUGUGUCGAACGUUUAUGGUCGCACUCUGAUUUACAUAAACGAAUAUUGUGGCGAUCAUCUUUGGUUCAUACGAAUAAAAGGCUUUGAUUUGUCAACAGCGUUCAAGAAACCAUUUUUAAAGGUAACCGUUGCCAAUUUGAUCGAUUGUGGCUUUGGAAAAAAAAGUUUGAAUUGGCUAUUCCCGAAUGUCACCUCAAUUUCAUACAAAUCCCAUGGUAAAUUUUUGAAUAUCGACAAACAUAUGCCGAUGUUAAAGUGUUUGUAUAUUGGUGUUUCGCAGUGCGGUAAACUCAGCAAUUCUGGCAAAAAAGCCAUCGAGAAAGCAUUCCGUUUGAAUCCACAAUUGAAACGGUUGGAAAUAAACUUGGGCGCCGGAUUGAAUUUGCAGCUUCUGUCAAAAGUAAGCAAAUACAUUCAAUCACUUGAGGAUCUCAUGCUAAAGGCCACUCUUAAGAAAGAUUUUUGCUUUGCAAAUGACACAAUUUACUUCAAGAGUGUAGAGAGUUUCUAUCUUAAUUUGAAACUUGAAAAGGAUUUAAAAACGAUAAACGGAUCGAAUGACAUUCAAAAUUUAAAUCAAACGGAAGAUGAAUUAUUAUUGCCCAAUAUUCCGUUUGCAUUCGAUCGACUGAAACAUCUAAAGAUUCGCGGAAAUUGUCGAUACAGCGACCAACUCUUCAGCUUUAUCAGCAAAUGUCCGACAAUCAAUUUUCUACAAUUUUGGGAUUAUAUUUUCAUAAGCAAAACGGAUGUUGCGAAAAUCGCAGCCAUGUUGCCAGCAGUGAAGAAAAUCCUCUUUUACGAACGAUACUCACUUGAAGAGGUGUGCCAUUACUUGACGGAAUUCAAAUUGUUGAAUGAAUUUGGAUUCAGGUUAAAAAACGAAGAUGAUUUGGAUGUUUUACGAACUCGAUUCGGACACGAAUGGCAAAUAUCGCCAGGAUUUUGUGUUGACAUGAAACGAUCAGUUCGACGAUGAAAAAUGAAUUGAAAGUCAACAACUUUAACGCUAUGUUCAAUAAUAAACCAAAUUAUUGGUUGAUCUUUAU